GCCAGCUCCUCGCAUCACACUAGCUUGACACGCCCUCAAUUUCUCACACCAGAAGCAAAGCAAUCAUGUCACUCCUUGCAUUACCACUCCUAGCCUUCUUGUCCAUAUUCUUGACUCCUACAACGGCAGUGAGCAGCUCAACGCUGCAGCUGGCACGUUCUCACUCGGUGACGCCCAAUGCCGGGGCGCCGCUCAGCGCGUGGGCCGCGUCCGUAGCCGCCCAGUCGGCGGCGGACACGGCGCGCAUCGUCAGCAUGCUCACGUCGGGGGCGGGGCCUCUGACGACCAGAGCCAAGCCCAAACCCAAGAACAGGGCAAACCCACCCGUGCCGAUCGCGCCGGGGCGUCAGAUCCUCAGCAUCCCGAACUACAUCGCCCGCGCGGGCCUCGGCACGCCGGCGCAGACGCUCCUCGUGGCCAUCGACCCCAGCAACGACGCGGCGUGGGUGCCAUGCAGCGCCUGCGCCGGCUGCGCCGCCUCGUCGCCGUCCUUCUCCCCGACGCAGUCGUCCACGUACCGCACCGUGCCCUGCGGCUCGCCGCAGUGCGCGCAGGUGCCCAGCCCGUCCUGCCCCGCGGGCGUCGGCUCCUCCUGCGGGUUCAACCUCACCUACGCGGCGUCCACGUUCCAGGCCGUGCUCGGGCAGGACUCGCUGGCCCUCGAGAACAACGUCGUCGUGUCGUACACCUUCGGGUGCCUCCGUGUCGUCAGCGGCAACUCCGUGCCGCCGCAGGGGCUCAUCGGCUUCGGCCGCGGGCCGCUCUCCUUCUUGUCGCAGACCAAGGACACGUACGGCUCCGUGUUCUCCUACUGCCUCCCGAACUACAGGUCGUCUAACUUCUCCGGCACACUAAAGCUCGGCCCCAUCGGGCAACCCAAGAGGAUCAAGACGACGCCGUUGCUCUACAACCCUCAUCGCCCUUCACUCUACUACGUCAACAUGAUCGGGAUCCGCGUCGGCAGCAAGGUCGUGCAAGUCCCGCAAUCCGCGCUCGCGUUCAACCCGGUCACGGGCAGCGGCACCAUCAUCGACGCCGGGACAAUGUUCACGCGGCUUGCCGCCCCGGUGUACGCCGCCGUGCGCGACGCGUUCCGGGGCAGGGUGCGCACGCCGGUGGCGCCGCCGCUGGGCGGGUUCGACACGUGCUACAACGUGACCGUCUCGGUGCCUACCGUCACGUUCAUGUUCGCCGGGGCGGUCGCCGUGACGCUGCCGGAGGAGAACGUGAUGAUCCACAGCUCGUCGGGCGGCGUCGCGUGCCUGGCGAUGGCCGCGGGGCCCUCGGACGGCGUGAACGCGGCGCUCAAUGUGCUGGCCAGCAUGCAGCAGCAGAACCAACGCGUGCUGUUCGACGUCGCCAACGGCCGCGUCGGCUUCUCCCGUGAGCUUUGCACGGCCUGAUCGAUCACUGUGCGAAUUGCGUAAUUGUAUUGUACGUACGUACUAGCUUGGCCGUCAGGCGUUCGACUUUUGGCUUACCAUUCAUGAGCUCAUGCCACAGUUCAUCUAGUAUGUUAUUUUUAAACGCUGAGUUAGUAAAUAAGGAUUGUAAUAGGUGAUUUCGUGUGGGUUAAAUCAAUUAUGUAGCAUAUGUGAUACUGUAUGUGGCUUGUUUGGUCCUUGUCUCGUUAGAGAAUGAAAACGAUCCGAUUAAAUUCAA